UUCCCCUAUUUUCCCUUUGAUCCACCCACACGUGCACACACAUUCAUUGUGCUACAACUGAUUUUCACGUUUAGAAUAUUAAAACGAGCGGCGCGUGUGCCCCAAACUCCGUUGGUCGAUUCUACAAUGAGCAACAACAUCGUGCCGGCAUCGAAAGCAGGCGCGGUGGGGAUCGCAGUUGCGGCGAUUGAACUUACUGAUUCCUCCAGCUGGUGGCGCGACAUCGACGAAUCUCCGGUGUGGCAGAACCGCAUCUUCUACACCCUCGCUGUCCUCUACGGCGUCGUUUCCGCCAUAGCUUUGAUUCAACUAGUUCGGAUACAAUUGAGAGUUCCUGAAUAUGGUUGGACUACGCAGAAGGUUUUUCAUUUUCUCAAUUUUUUGGUGAACGCAGUUCGAUGUUUAGUUUUCAUCUUCUUUCGCGGUGUACAAAGGUUACGGCCAGAGAUUGUCCAACAUAUCUUACUUGAUGUGCCGAGUCUUGCUUUCUUUACAACAUACGCACUUUUGGUCUUGUUCUGGGCUGAGAUUUAUUACCAGGCACGUGCCGUAUCCACUGAUGGACUGAAACCAAGUUUCUAUACAAUUAAUAUUGUGGUUUAUGCUGUUCAGAUCAUUUUGUGGUUGAUAUUAUGGUGGAAACCAGUCAGCGUACUAGUCAUUCUGUCAAAGAUGUUCUUUGCAGGGGUUUCCUUGUUUGCUGCCCUUGGUUUUCUUCUCUAUGGUGGAAGGCUAUUCUUGAUGCUGCAACGCUUUCCUGUUGAAUCCAAAGGGCGACGUAAGAAGCUGCAGGAGGUUGGCUAUGUGACAACCAUAUGUUUUUUAUGUUUCCUUAUCAGAUGCGUUAUGAUGUGCUUUAAUGCAUUUGAUAAAAAUGCGGACCUUAAUGUCAUGGACCAUCCUAUUCUAAAUUUCAUAUAUUAUGUGUUUGUGGAAAUAUUACCUUCUUCUUUGGUCCUAUUCAUUUUGAGGAAGCUUCCACCUAAGCGUGGUAUCACGCAGUAUCAUCCGAUUCGCUAAAAAGAUUGAACAUACCUAGAAAAAAGGGGUCAUUCUUAGCUGACUCAAUGGUAAGUUUUAGAUCAGGGAAUGCUAGUUUUUUCUCUGCUAGGAGUGACAGCUUCUAUCAUGUAUUUUAUAGUUUAUUAAGGGUUGCCGAUUUCAAAACUUGACAUUUCAUAAAUUAUCUAACGUCUGUGCUUUGUUAUCUCCGAUAUUUGCUCUGUCUAAGGUUGGUUCUGUUGUUUAAGCAAAAUUAAAUGUAAUGAGCAGCCAUAACAGGGAAAAUGGGAUUGAUGUCUUGUAUAAAGUGUUGCAUGUUUUUUAAA